CUUCUUUGGCAUAGCUUUCGCACCUCACCCUCAGUCCUUGGGCAUCGCUGGCUCUGACAAUGGCUGGAAGACUUCCCAUCACUUUCCUCACAGUUGUAUCCUGGGGAAUCUUGGCAAACGCCGUACCUGCGGAUCCCACGAUUACGACACCGGCGGUGCUGCCGAGGCAGGCUGAUGCGGCUUUUAUAGGCUGGCUGGAAUACAAUAGCACAUGGUACUCACAAACGUGUGAAUCUGGUCUCACCUGGUAUCAAUCUGGGGACUAUGCUCAAUGUUGUCCGGAUACAGUCGCUUCAUGCCCAGCCCCAACAGCCUGUGUAGGCGGCUCUCAAAUCUAUCCAUUGGGCAGCACGACCAUAACCACUGCCUGCACGGGAAACUAUAACAACUCUGCCUUCUCAGUGUGCAACACUGCCUUCAUCUUCGAAAGCUUCGGCGACUCAAACCCGAAAACCGACAUCGUGUGCGGGGACUCAUCAGUGAACUGGAGCUACUACCGGAAGAUCCCGGCUACAGCCACUGAGAAGUCAUCGGAAGCUCCAAUAUCUUCUGCGUCUCCCGUCGGAUCUGCAGGAUCCGCCUCCAAGCCGACGCAAUCUGGCACGUCAAAUGAUGACGAUGGUGGCUCCAAAGCCUGGAUCGCCGGCGCGGUCGUAGGACCUAUCGCCGGUAUCGCGCUCAUUGCCGGACUCGUUUUCUUCCUCAUGCGUCGGAGAAAGAACAAGGAUAAGAGCAGUCUACCCCAACAAGGGACCGCCGCGAUGGGUCCACCCCCAGGAGUCCAACCAUACACCGACGCGAAGCCGCAAAUGUCUCCCAAUCCCUCGUACGGCCAGCCCUCGCCCGGAUUUAACCCGCACGAUUCGUACAACCAGCAAGGUUUCGCCGGACAGCAGCCAACUCCUCCCAGUUCCGGCUAUGCUCAACCAUACAAUCCUUCCGCGUCACCGCCUCCUCAGGGCAGCGCAUACGUGCAGCAAGACGCGAAGUACGGCCACUACACGCAGCCGAGCCAUCCUGAAGCUGCAGAAUUGGGAGCGGCCAGCAGUCCGACUGCUGGCGCAUCGCACACUGCUGAACUACCGGGUGAGGGUACACAAAGGUAAUCGAGGAAAAGCUCUCGCUGGCACGUAUUUGGAGUUUCCCGAGCGGGAUCUACAAUAGCUACUGAGGUAUGGCAGACAUGAUGUAAGUAGGCUUUAGCGGUCGGCAUCACAUCCCUCAGCGUCUUAUCUAAUAUACUCUUUCGACGCCAUCGUCGAUUCUAGAUAUCCUGUUAGCACUGUAUAUCCUACGUAGCAUGACCUUAAUGUCAAUAUGAAUAUCAAAA